AAAAGCCAAGCAAAAAGGAAAUGACCAGCUACUGGUAGAGGAUAUCCAUCCAAGCAGCAGAGAGGAAGAGCCACUCAGCAUGGAUAGGGUGCCGUCCCUGACAAUGACCUUCACCAGCCUGGCCCUGCUGCUCCUGGUGCUGAUCAUGGGCCUGCUGUUCGCCUGCCACUGCCUGGGGCACCGGGCGGCCAGCUGGAUGCGGAUGCGGUCCAGCAAGGAGGAGAAGAUCGGCCUCUCCAACCACAAGCACAAGCUCUUCCAUGCCAAUGGCUAUAUGGCCAGUAUCCAAUCGGGCUCGGAGUUCCUGCUGAGCACCAGCGGCAGCUUCAAGCGCUUCGAUACCAUCGACAAGGACGACCACAAUCGCUCCCAGCAUCUGCUCUUGCUGAACGGUGGUGGGGCAGCUGCUGGCGGGGGUGGGAGCACGGGCAACGUGGCCGGGUCUGGGGCCUCCUCCUCCACAUUAGAGGCCACCACGCCGCUGUGGAACCUGCCCCAAGGGGAUGUUGGGAUUCCGCCGCAACCGCUGCGCCCGGCUCCGGCACCGAAUAGUGCCGGACCCAGCAGUAAGACCGUGACGUUCUCCUUUAGCCAAGUCAACGAGCUGGCUUCUCCCACAGCCGAGACAGCGGAGACAGCCGGCCCGGAGCCGGAUCGCCGCUCCUGUCUGCGCUCGCCCCUCCGCUCCAGCGGUGGGGCAGGCGGAACUGUGGUGCCACAGCCUCUGGAAGCACCGCCCCCCCGACUCACAACCUCCGCCUCCGUGAACCUGUCGGCCACUGCCAUUCCACGUCCAAUUGCGAAGCGGCAGGUGUCCCUACAGCAGGGCAUCAACCGGAGCGGUGAGAUGGCGCCGGCGAAUCAAGUGGAGCCCCAGGUGCAAGUCGGCGUGGAGAGGCGCACGCCGGCGUUAAAGCGCCGCAACUCCAGCACAAAUCCCUUCCUCUGCGAGUCGAUUGAGCACGUGCAGCCAGGCGCAACUGAAGCUCAAGCACCUACCACUAGUCCAGCCCCAACUCCCGCUGCAGCUACACCAGCCAUUACGCAGCCCCAGCACAAUGGGAAUCCCUUCGUGGAGUCGCAGAGCCUCUCCAGUCGGCUGCUCAAGUUCCACAACACAACGAAUCCAUUUACGGGUCUGGGGCAGCGCGUCAAGGGCCCCCACAUGCUGCAGAAAACCAUCUCUGAGGACUAUCUCUUCCGCAAGCUGGGCAAGAACGGGCCUCACGUCAAUGGCCAUAGCCAGGCCAACGGGAACGGAAAUGGCACUUGGAGCUUUGGCCGCUCUCUGAUGCGACAGGACUCGACACUCAGCCUGGGCCUGGGCAGGCGCAACAGCUCGCAGAUGUCGCUGGACGCGAGCUCCGCAUCGGGAUCCCUUGAGGGCAUCAACCUGGAGCGGGCCAUCUCCUGCGACUCGGUCAACUCGGACUCCACCCUCUUCCUGGACCAGCUGGAUCAGCCCUACACCCAGAUCACUGGAUAUCUUUGCAUUGGCCUGCACUAUGACAAAAGCAGCAUCAGCAGCGUGGGCAUGGAGCUGACUGUGAGUGUGCUGGAGGCCAAGGGACUCAUUUGUCCCUUUAGUGUUGAGUCGUUGGAUACGUUUGUGCGGAUCUAUCUGGUGCCCGAUCACCCUGGCGCCAUGCAGACCAAAGUGGUCGACUCGACGCUGACGCCCAGCUACAACGAGAGCUUCAACUUCUGGCUGCAGAAGAAACAGGUGCGGCACUCGCUCUGGUUCCAUCUGUACCACAACGGGCCCGCCCACACGCUGAUUGGGGAGGCGGAGAUGGAGAUCGGGGAGCUGCCACGGCCCAUCACCACCUGGAUACCACUGUCGGACUCGCGAAAGUGCAACGCCCGCUGGGGAGAGCUGAUGUUCUCGCUGAGCUACCUGCCGACGGCGGAGCGGCUGACCAUUGUGGUAGUGAAGGCGCGCAACCUGAAGCUGGAUGUGGAACAGCCCAGCGCGGACAUCGUGCAGAAUGUGUUCGUGAAGGUUUACCUGAUGAACAACGAGAAGAAGGUGCUGAAGAAGCGCACCUCGCUGAAGCGCAAGGAUCGGUGCCCCAUCUUUAACGAGUCAAUGAUCUUCAGUGUGCCACCCCAGAGCCUGACGACGGCCCAAUUGAGGCUCACCGUGUUCGGCGUGACCACCGAAGGCGGUAUUCUGCCGCUGGGCCAUGUCAUUGCCGGCAGCUGUGCGGUGGGCAAGGGACUGCGGCACUGGCAUCAGAUGCUCUCCUCGCUGCGCAAACCUGUUGCCAUGUGGCAUGUCCUCCGUCGGGCCGUCAAUCAGCCGAUUUUCACGGGCGGCGCCGAGGCUGUGGUCGCCGCCAUGCAGAGCACUCUGCAACGGGCCAGCGCCAAGCGGAACAGCAUCGUUUAAGGCCGGUGCGGUGCCUCUGAUCGGAUCGGAUCGUAUGGGAUCGUAUGGGAUAGAUUUCUCGCUCCACCGCUGAUGUGCGCUGAGGCAUUAAAUUUAGCGUAUUUAGUUGGAAAACCCUUCUCCCAAUCCCACUCCAACUCCUACUCCGUUGUUUGGUGAACCCUUUGAUAUGCAAACAGAAAGAGAGAGAGAGACAGAGUGCCGUCUGGGAUGGAUGGAUGGAUGGAUGGAUGGAACCCUCCUCUAAAUUGCAUUUACUAAAUCCUAGCUAUGAAACUUUCUUACUUUUCUACUGCUUUCCCCUACCUAUGUACACGCGUAUCCCCAAGUCCAGUCUUAGGAGGGUCUUAGCAUAGGACUAGAAACAAAUAUACUCAAAGUAUUAAUAGAGAUAAUCUAAUCGAGAACCUAAACCCGCACCAAAGGACAAACGAGCCUAUUAACUAGUUCUAUUAACAUUGUCGCGCACUAACUGUUAUCGAAUGUAAGAUUUAUUAUACAUAUGUAUGCAUUUUGAUAUACCAGACUAGAGUCAGAGUCAGAGAGUUCCCGCACUUGUUGAGAUUUGCGUUCAUCGUCGCAUACAGCCGGGGAAGUAAUUAUACAUAUAUACAUAUAUCUGGAUGGUUGUGUAUUCCAUUGAUGAUCCAUUGACAUAAGUAUAUAUUGGAGUCCUGCAUGAACAGAAUUCGGCGUCAGCUUGAUCAUUCCAUCUAAACACUCGCUUAAAUCGAACUGAACGAAGCAUGAAUCGUUUAAUUUUAAUUUCCGUUUUUUUUUUCUCGCUCACUUGCCAUUUGAUUUUGUGGUAGAGAGAACGAGAAAACACAAACACCACACAAAUUUCCUUAUCGAAAGCAUUGAAGAGGCCUGAGUAUACUUAGCUGUGAUUUUAUGAAUACUGUGGGGCUCUAAUAUGUAAAAUAUUUUCGCCAUUGCCCGAUUCUGAAAAUAUACUCAGAGAUUUGUAAUCCCUUAAACCGAAGACAGAGUGAGUUGGCAAGGAGUGACGUUACAGAACAAUGACAGCAAAAUAUGUAUGAUUAUCUCCGUGGGCUGUAUGAGCUAGCCAAGCGACCUGUGAGCCUGUUAUAUACAUACACCCAUACCUAUAUAUUACUCGUACAACUCUAUAGAUAGAUCGUCACUUGGCAAUCAAUCGUUGUUGAAUUUGAAACUCAAUCGAGAAGCGUUAAACCCCUUAAGCAUUGUGAUAUAAUAUGAUGAUAUGAUACGAAAUGGAUUCCAUAGAGAAACAAACCAAACCAAACCAAAGUAUGCAUGUAUUUACGAUUAUAGCAAUCCAUAACCAAACGAAAUGUACGAGUAUUAUUAUGCUAGAUAUUUGUAGUCGUUAAA